AUGUGUGAUCGCGGUCUCUACAGAUCUGGCUACGUUGGUUCUCUCUUGAAUUUGCAGUCGCCGGACUCCUUUUAUUUUCCUAAUUUGCGGACUAAUGGCAGUCAAUUGGCGGCUCUGCCCACCAUUUCCUACCCCAGAAGCUCGAUCCCCUGGACUUGCUCAAGUUCGUGUACAACUCAGCCUCAGAACCACGCUUUCAGCGGCUCCUCGCAGCCCUACCUUACGGGCUCUGUUCCAAUCAACAUCAAUUCCAACAGCAACAAAGAGUGCCUGGAAGAAAACAAUAAAUACUACGCCCACGAAGCGAGCUCCAAACAGGAGGAAAGAUGCAGGCAGAGGCUCUCGUUUGCCAAUGACCCAAGUAUUACUCAUCCAACCAACUUAAAGCCAGUGAAGUAUGACCACUCCAGCCUGCAAAGAGGUUUGCAUGGCUCGUCGGCUCUUUUUGAAGUGAAUUCCUCUCCUUCAAGCUUAAAGGAGGACAUCAAGAAUUCGGUCAACUUGAACCUGACAGUGCAGUCUGCAGCAGUCCAGUCGUGUCUGAGACCUUCAGUGCAGGAUGGUUUGCCUUGGUGUCCCGCCCAGGGGAGAUUAAGAAAGAAACGGAAACCUUACACAAAACAACAAAUUGCUGAAUUGGAAAACGAGUUUCUCCUCAAUGAGUUUAUUAACCGACAGAAGAGGAAAGAACUAUCAAACAGACUGAAUUUAAGCGAUCAACAAGUUAAAAUUUGGUUUCAAAACCGACGGAUGAAAAAGAAAAGAGUAGUAAUGCGUGAGCAGGCGCUUUCUAUGUACUAGACAAAUAUCUUGCCAUUCCUGUACUGAACUUGUCUUUUGCAACUCUAGCGUAGAGUAUAUUCCCGAUAAAAACGUUAUUAUUUUUAUUAUUAAAGCAAAUUCUAGACGUUCUAAGCAAACCUUUGGGGCUCUUGUAAAUUCGCAAAUAUUGAAUUCUUGGCCAA